AUGGCGGCGACCAUGCUCGGCCAGGGCAAAAACGCAUGGCAAGCCGAGAUUGACGCCGCCGCCGAGCUCGUCGACUUCCUGCGCUUCAACGUGCAAUACGCGGAGGAGCUGUACGCGCAGCAGCCGGUGCACCACGCGACGGGCGUCUGGAACCGCGUCGAGUACCGCGCCCUCGAGGGCUUCGUCUACGCCGUCAGCCCCUUCAACUUCACUGCCAUUGCUGGAAACCUGCCUGGCGCGCCAGCGCUGCUGGGCAACGUCGUCGUGUGGAAGCCAAGCGACUCGGCCAUUGCGUCCAACUGGCUCCUCUACCAGAUCCUGCUCGAGGCCGGCCUUCCCAAGAAUGUCAUUCAGUUUGUGCCAGGUGACCCAGUCGAGGUGACCAAGGUCGCACUGGCACACCAGAAAUUUGCGGCCCUGCACUACACCGGCAGCACUGCCGUGUUCCGCAAGCUGUAUGGUGAGAUCGGGGCUGGUGUGGCCGAGGGCCGGUACCAGUCGUACCCGCGCAUUGUCGGCGAGACGGGCGGCAAGAACUUCCACCUGCUGCACCCGUCUGCUGAUGUUGACAAUGCGGCGCUGCAGACGGUGCGCGGCGCUUUCGAGUACCAAGGACAGAAGUGCAGCGCCACGUCUCGUGCAUAUGUGCCCAAGUCGCUGUGGCCCCAGUUCAAGGCGCGUGUCGUGUCUGAGGUCGAGAAGCUGAAGCAGGGCGACCCCACAGAACACACCAACUUCCUCGGCCCCGUGAUUCACGAGGCAUCGUUCAAGAAGCUGUCUGGCGUCAUCGAUGCCGCCAAGAACGAUUCGGAGCUCGAGCUGCUGGUGGGCGGCACACACGACAAGUCCAAGGGCUUCUUUGUGCAGCCAACAGUCUAUGCCACAACGAACAAAGCGCACAAGCUCAUGAGCACGGAGCUGUUUGGCCCGGUGCUGGUGGUGCACGUGUAUGACGACAGCGGCAACGCGACGCAGGCCUUCUCGGAGACGUGCGCCCUUGUCGACUCGACGGGCGAGUACGGCUUGACGGGAUCCGUUUUCGCGUCGGACCGUGAGGCGAUUCGGUUCGCCGAGGAGAAGCUGCGCAACUCGGCAGGCAACUUCUACAUCAACUGCAAGAGCACGGGUGCCGUGGUGGGACAGCAGCCGUUUGGCGGCAGCCGCGCGAGCGGAACCAACGACAAGGCGGGCAGCGCGGCCCUCAUGGGCCGGUUCGUCAACAUGCGCAGCAUUAAGGAGGAGUUUGUGGCGACGACGCAGGUGGAAUACCCCAGCAACGAAGCGUAG